AUGAGAAUCCGCAGUUUGCUGGUCGGCCCGGCCAGUCUCGGGUUGUUUGUCAUCGCGAUCCUUCAGUGCACGGCGCCAACCGUGACGGCCGUGCAGACGGAAAAGGAAGCCUACUUCAAUGGAUCCGCGUACCUUCGGUUAAAAACGCCAAUGACCCUAUGGAGCUAUUCGGCGAUUAGCUUUAAGACGUGUCGAGGUGGAGAGAUUCUCUCGCAACGCUACUCCGGCCACGCACUGCUGGUGUCCGUCCUGCCGGACUGGGUGUCGAUCGUGCUGUCGACGCCGGCGCAGGCUCCACUGGAGGCCCGGGUGGCCGGCCGACUACUGGACAACCGGUGGCACACACUCGAGCUGGUGUUCCAGCUCGGCUCGCUGUACUGCGUCAUCGACAAGCAGCCGACCCUGCUGGCCAACCAGACGUACAACGCGCCGCUGAUCGCCGACCAGGAGAUCAAGAACGAGGCGGCCGUCCUGAUCCUGGGUAAGCAGUACUCCGGCUGCCUGCUGCACGGACCCGGCCUGGUGUUCAAUGCGAGCGCCAUGAACGCGGAGGCGGUCGUUUUCGGGCCGUGCCCGCUGGCCAACGGACCGUGCAGCCCCGACCACGACGUGCUGGUCGGUGUCCCCGUCGACUACUGUUCGCACGAUCCGUGCAUGCAGCACGGGACCUGCGUCUCCCGCACCGACUCCUACGAGUGCCAGUGUACGGCCCGGUUCAAGGGCAAAAACUGCGAGAUCGACAUGGGCCCCCCCUGCCAGUCGUUCCCGUGCCAGCACGGUGGGUCCUGCGCCGAGGACGCCAAGGGUGACUUCCGGUGUACGUGUGCCCCCGGCUACACUGGCGCCCUCUGCGAGACGGAACUGAGCGUGCAUCCGCUGUGCGAGAAGAACCCGUGCGCCAACAACGGAACCUGCCGGGUUGCGCCCGGCACGCCGGGUGUCGAGUGCGAAUGCCUUAGCGGCUUCAGCGGGGCCAGGUGCGAGAUCAACUGGGACGACUGCAAGUCGAACGUGUGCCUGAACGGAGGCCGUUGCAUCGACGGGGUCGAUGCGUUCACGUGCGACUGCAAGGGCACCGGUUACGCCGGGACGCUCUGCCAGAACAACAUCGACGAGUGCCUCGCGAACCCGUGCCUGAACGGGGGCACGUGCUUCGACACCUACGGCGCUUACCUCUGCGACUGCCCGACCGGCUUCACCGGCUCCAACUGUCAGCUGAGCGUCAACGAGUGCAUCUCGCAGCCGUGCCAAAAUGGGGGAACGUGCGUGGACACGCGCGAAGGCUACGACUGCCGGUGCGUGCCAGGAUACGGAGGGCAGCACUGCGAACUCGAGCCCGGCUGCGGUCAGUGCCCGUCCGACUCGGAGUGCAUCGCGGGGCGGUGCGUCUGCAAACCCGGAACCACAGGGCUGGUAGGGCUUUGCGUAGAGCAAAUAACUGCCGCCGCCACCGCCGCUGCCACCACCACCACCACCACCACCGCUACUGCCACCUCCGCCACUACAACCACCACCAACACCGCCAUUACCGCCGGCACAAGUGCACAGAAAUCCAAGGCCCAAACCAAUGCAUGCUCUAGCUAUUGCCACAAUGGCGCCAGCUGCGCCCCGCCGACUGUAGGCGCCGGUUUCGAACAAAAUUUUACCUGCAUUUGUGCUAGCGGAUACACAGGAACUCGCUGCGAGUCACCGAUCGCCCUGCCGUACUCGGACUCGGAGUGCAACUGUCUCAACGGCGGAAGCUGCGCCCCGAACGGGUCCUCCGCCUGUCUCUGCCCGGCCGGCUUCGAUGGGCCACGGUGCGAGCGGGAAACGGGUGGCAGCAACCCUCCGGGAGGGCUCUGCAAUCCGUCUAACUGUGCCGAACCGUUCCGGUGCGCCGGCGGCAAGUGCCAGUGCCCGGAGAACAUGAACUGCGACAAUCCGUGCGCGUCGUCGCCGUGCCUGCACAACGGGUCGUGCUAUCCGCAGGGCCAGACCGGCUACGGCUGCAAGUGCACGUCCGGGUUCGAGGGUAAGCGGUGUGAGAACGACAUCGACGAGUGCAAGAGGGACGGUAUCUGCGGAAACGGCAUCUGCCAGAAUACGCCCGGCUCGUUCCGGUGCUUCUGCACGCCCGGCUACACCGGACUGAACUGCGAUCUCGACGUGGACGAGUGUCUGAGCCACCCGUGCAAGAACAGCGCCGAGUGCCAGAAUAAGCAGAACGACUACGAGUGCAUCUGCCCGGCCGGGUACACCGGCAAGGACUGCAGCGUGGACAUCGACGAGUGCGAGAGCAACCCGUGCUCCAAGGGAUCGACGUGCCUGGACCAGGUGGCCAACUUCACGUGCAUGUGCAUCCCCGGCAUGACGGGCCGGCUGUGCGAGAUCGACAUCGACGAUUGUGAGAGUCAACCAUGCCAGAACGCUGGCCGGUGCAUCGACCAGCUCGGCGGUUUCCAGUGCGACUGCAAUGCGACCGGCUACUCCGGCAUCUACUGCCAGACGAACAUCAACG